AUGGGCCGGAACACCGUCCCGGAAGUGAAAACCCCCGCCCCCUCCCCUGGAGCGGGCGACGUGCCGGAAGGAAAUCACUCACCCUUCUACCGUCCCCUUUCCCCCUCCCCCAGCGCUUUCCGUCCCCGCGCCCCCUCCCCGCUCCCUUCUUCCUCAUCUGCCGGUUUGGAGGGUGGGAGCUCGGCGUCACGACGGCCAUGGUGGCCCCGCCCACAAGUUGAGGGGGUGGAGCCCAAGGCGGGCCCGGAGGCCCGGACGAAGGCGUGGCUGGAGGAGGAGACUAAGGGGGAGGAGCUAAAGUCGACGCAGGCGGGGAAAGUGCGUCAUGACGUCACAGAGCGAAACCCUUAUGUACAGGCGCCCGGGCGCCAUCUCGGUCUUUCGAGGAUGGAAGUCGGUCGCAGCUGGAAUGAUGCUAGGCACGAGUGCAGUGUGGCAUCUGAUGGACGGUUCUGUGCCAAAGGAAUGAGAACUGCUGUUGGGGUCUUAAAGUGCAAGCAUCACACUCUGGCCAUGAGCAGACAGGCACUAAAAAGGACUAACUGGAAGUUGGAAUGGUGGACUUGAAUCUCUUGACAUGUCUGGACUGGCUUGAUUUGCUUCUUCUGUUGGAUACACAUUUUUUUAUCCAUGGAUGGCAAGCUUGGGAUGCAGGUUUUGGAGACACUAAAAAUAAAGGUGUGAAGCGUUGGGUUGGCUAUAAGCCGUGGAACAGAGUUGUAAGCAGAGGUAUGGUAGCUUUGAUUUUGGUUUCUUUCUAUGCUAAGUGGUUUAAAGCCGAUACAAUGAUGAUAACAUAGUUCAGCAGACUGACGGUGAUGAGCAAUAUUGUCUUUCGCUCCUAUCUGACGUAUCUGGCUGCAACAAUCAUAAUCUCAGAAAGGGGAGUUGGCCAUGUUCCCACAAAACAUUCAGGGGUUUGUAUAACUAAUGUGUUACACCAAACAUCCUAUGUGGUAAUGGAGGAUUAAUAACAUUUGGAGAAAUGAAGGUUAAUAACAUUCUGAACAAAUUUUUAUUGCUUAUAAACCUGUAGGUUACACCUGAAUUUUAAUUCAUUAAAUUGAAUUUUGCACUUAUUCACAGCAAAACUGAAGUACAGUUCUCAUAUAUAUACCUUGUAAUUGCACACCUCAUAGUCAACAUCCAGCCACCAGAGUGAGCCUUAUGUUAAACUUAUGAAUUAUAGGGACACAUGAUUGUCCAUAGUUCACUCAUGCUGGGACAUUCACCAUUGUGCUACACAGAAGGUGCUCACUACCCUAAAUGUUAUUUUCCAAAAAGUUAAAAAUGUUAUUAGUAGGGUAUAUUUCUAAUAAAUAUCUUUUUUUCUCUCCCAAUCUUCAAACAGGCAUACCUUUAACCCUGGAGAUGUCCAGGUAAUAUAUGAUAUUUGUUAUAUAUGAUUAGUUGUAAUGUAACCAGUGAUGUAGUGAUUCUGCCAAAUGAAAUAGGAUGAUAUCAAUCAUAAAACCGUUCCAUUUUUAUUCUGAGGUUACGUUACUGACAGGCAUCGCACAAGUUCUUUUUUACCAUGAUUAAUGUGUGUCCUCUGCUUUCAGGCAUUUGUGGCAGCGGUCAUGGCAGCUGGCUGGCCUUUGAGAGGUAAGUCUUAUAAAUAUCAACACUGGUUUUAACCCAGAAUACAUGAUGAUCUCAAUCCAACUUGAACUCUCUCACUGAUUACUUGAUGAUGAAGGAAGAUCUGAUAUUCUGUAUAGUGUACUUCAAAUACCAUUAGAAUUGAAGUAUGGAAAUUGACUAAAAGUGGCUGUUUUAUUGCAGGCAGCUGAAUGGAUGGAUACUCUUGGGAUAGAAGAUCAACUUUGAAUUUUAAUAAAUUUUUGUAAACCAUC